AUGUCGCCUGCGAAAUCCUCAAGUCCCGCAAAUGACUCAGACCCGCAGGAUGUCUCUCAGACCAAGGAUGGAAACGAAGAGCGAAGGAGUAGUUCUGUGAUAUUCUCUCCCUCGAGCUUCAAACCAUUAAAUCACCGCCGGACUGCACCUCAACACAAUGAUGCUGGAAAAUUCGAGUGCAAAAACUGCCACCAGAUUUUCGACCGCAAAUGCGAAUGGAACAAACACAUGGACAAGCACGAGAGGCCAUAUAAGUGUGACAAACCGCAAUGCGCCAAGCUGUUAGGAUUUACUUACUCCGGCGGUCUUUUACGUCAUGAACGGGAAGUGCAUGGCAUGCAUGGCGGACCUAAAGAGCAACUAUACUGUCCCAUCAAACACUGCAAGCGACACACAGAACAGGGCUUCACACGACGUGAGAAUCUGCAGGAGCAUCUACGUAGGGUGCACAAGCUGCAAGAUACGGAGAGUCUGGAAGCUGCUGCUCAAGAUGCACCUACGCCUGGAUCUGCUGCGUCAGAUCAUGACUCUGAUGAGGAAAGCCGGUCGGUCAAACGCAAGCGUAUGAGCAUUGUAAGCCCGAGUGAGGAAGUACCCAAAGACGACGUCAGGACCCAGCUCAAGAAACUCCGGCUCGAAAACUACGAACUCAAGGCCGAGAUCAAGACCAUGUGGGAAAACCAACGUGCCGAGCUUGAUGAGAUGAAACAGCACAUCAAACAACUCACGGUACAACAAAACGUGCAAAUUCCGCGCUGGCGUCCGGACGGCACAGGAUGA